GUGGCGGGUAGUACGUCAUUCGAGGUCAUUAUGUCCAAUGUAAAACCGAAGAGUGUGUCGGAUAUAUUUUGUGAUGCACAUGCUUUGCAUGUAGUUGACACAAGCAGAGCCAAAGACGGAGUGUGGUUAGUCAAAGUUCCAAAAUAUUUGGCUGAACUUUGGCAUAAUGCUGGCCCUGAUGGUGUAGUUGGCAAAGUUGUGAUCGCAAGUUCAACUAGUGCAUCUCAGAAUAGCAAUAAAGGCCCAGGGUCUCAAGUCACUCUUGUCACUGAUUCAGAACUAUUAAAUCAAGUCGGAGAGUCCGGAAAUCUGAUACCAAAGGAACAUCAGUUUCUGAUUCAAACUUCUGCAUCAUCAAAUAGUACACCUGGGACUGCUCGCCCAGGUCAAACUACUCCAAGUUCGACAGUUCAAAGGCGUCCUGGGACUAUAUCUGGACAAGAACUCAUAAUUUUAUGUGAAGACGACCUUGGAUGUGCUCAAACCAACUCGUUUCCAUCUUCGACGACCAACACAACUUUAAUUUCCUCUGCAGCCCCACAUUCUCCAUUCUCAAAUAAACCGUACGCUCGUUACUCUCGGCGACUAUCUUUGUUUGGUCGUGUUAAUAGUAGAGCUGAAUGCAGACCACCACCCAAUACAAGAUAUAUGAUGCUCAAAGCUCAACAGGUAAAAAUCUUUGAUUUUAUCUAGAGGCUUAUGUAGGUUCAUAGAAUAUUUCCUAAUCUUGAAUGUCCUAUUUUGUACCCAUCCUAGUUCUAGAAAUACUCAACCCUCACUCUUGUCCUAGUUUUAUAUUUCUUUUAUUUCCUCAAGCUCAAAGCAAAGAAUCGACCGCGACAUGAAGUCUGUCUUCUUUAUGAACCAGUAAGAAAUUACAAACCAGUUUCCAAUCAUGUCAACAAUAUCGAGUAUGAAAAUCGGAAAAAGGUUGAGGGUAAAAAUCUUAGACGUGAAAAAGAAGACGUUUUGCAGGAUUUGUUCAAAGCUUUCGAAAGACACCAAUAUUACUCUAUUAAAGAUUUGGUUGUACUUACUAAGCAACCAUUGGUAAGCAUCUACAUAAUUUGCUCUCUUUAUCUUUGUUAGUUUCAGUUAGUUUUAAUCAUAAUCCUGAUCAAAUUCGAAAUACGUUGAUACCGUAGAAUCUACGAACACGUAUCAAAUUCGAUGAUUGGUCGUAUAUGUCUCAUUGUCGUUUACGUAUAACUAGUCAAAAUCCUCAGUAAUUAUUAGUUAAAACUGUGUUUAUUAUAUCCAUUAUUUUUAGAUGUUAGAUUAAUUCUGUCAAUUUAUUGUAUAUAUAAUCACUGAUAUGUUUUUCACCCUUAACCUUCUUUUGUUUAUCUUGCGUUUACAAGCAAAAGCACCAUCAUAAAAAUGAAUUUCUGUCUAUAACCAUGGCGGGAUUCAAGAAAGGAAAACAAGAAAACAGCAAUUAACAGCAGCCGGACAUCAAUAGAGGAAGUCAAGGCAUAAUCUGGACACACCAAAGCAAACAAGCAAGUGAAAAGAAGAAUUAGAGCUGACAAACGGAAAUACGCAGAAGACCUGGCAGCGACAGCGAAAGAAGUUGCUAAGGAAGAGAAUAUGAGACAACCAUAUGACAAAACGAAGAAACGAGCAGGGAAAUAUAGUUAAACAGAGCAACCAGUCAAGGACAAAGAAUGCAAACCAAUCACUGAGGUUCAAAAACAGAAGGAAAGUUGGUAGAGCACUUUGAAGAACUCUUGAAUAGUCCAGCCCCACUGAACCCACCGGACAUCGAAGCAUUACACACAAACCUUCCUAUAGCUGUCACUAACAACGAUCAAAGAAAUUAGGAAUGAGAAAGCAGCAGGACCUGACAACAUACUAGUCGAAGCAGUGAAGUCUAAUCAGGCGGCGUGUUUGAAUAUCUGGGCCUACCUGUCUCUGCCAUCAAGAUAUUUCAACAGGUUAUCUGUUUUCUUGUUUUUCUUAACACAUCAUUAUGCCCAUUAGUCUCAUAACCGAUUCAGGUGUGUUUGUGAAACGUUUACUACAUUUCGCUGUACAACUUACGAAAGAGCCUAAUCAGAGACAUCGUGGUUGCUGGCAAUAUGCUUCGAAGAGAAUAUACAUGAUUCAGAUGUCGAUUCCUGUUAACAUCUAACUGGCGACCACUCAAUAUUUAUCGCAAGGAUCGGUCAAGAAAUAAGAAAAGGAAACUUGUUGAAAUACUGCGCUGAGAAUUCUAUACUGUACCAAAAUGUAAUAUUGAAUAAACGUUUCUAACAAUGUAUCGAUAAACCGACUGAAGGAUUCAGUAGACAUCCAGCUUCGAGACCAACAGGCCGGAUUCCGUAAGGGUCGGUUACGCACAGACCAAAUCGCAACACCAGAGGUCAUCGUUAAACAACCAGUUAAAUAGAACUCGUCACUGUGCAUCAACUUUCUUGACUUGAGUGCUGUUAAAAGUAUGAGGGUGGUUAUCACUUCCGGUUGCCCACACCGUGGAAGGGUUCUUCUGGAGGUACCUGAAAACGAAAUCGGAUUAGAAGUGGUCUUAGUGACCUGGGAGCGUGACCGUAGUGCCCAAGGGACAACUGCUUGAAGUCGGUCACACACGACCUUUUUAUGGGUAAUUUUCGUGUUAGCUCCGUACUUGUUGGGACCUUACCGCCGGAGACGGAUAUCCGUGGGAUAAGGCGAAGUGUGCAUUUUUGAGGUCGAUCUUUUCUAACCCCACCCCUCCUUGUGGGAAGGCAGCAUCGCCGUCAUGUUGGUUGUCUGAAGGAAACACCUUACUGCUAUCACACCUCUGUACAGUCAGCAGUACGACUUCGCCUUCGGACCUUAGGUUUGUUGCUUUUAGUCUUACCGCUCUUCAACCGACCUUUCUAACGUGGUAGGACCUUGAGUAACGGUUGUUCCAGUCAGUAUAGCUCGGUUGCUUCAUCACGAUAGGCAAGCCCGACCACCACGCCAAGGUAGCACCAACGGUCGGUGUCCAUCUUGUUGUGUUAAUGAGGUAUGGCAACUUGGACCGAUGCAUAUAUGUGCCUGGUCCUACGUUGUAGCUGACUGACUGACUUCCUUGACUGUGAGAAGGAGUUCGACAGUAUGGAUAGGAGAAACUUAUGGAACCUUCUUGACACAGGUGUAACUGAGAAGAUCGUCAUAAAUCAUCUGAAAUUCAUUCUCUUUCUUCUGGUGGUUGACUGAACUAUAAAGAUCACAUCUGAGGGUAAGCAUGGAAUAUAAUGAACAGCUUGCAUGAAACUAGACGAUUUGGACUUCUCGGAUGACCUAGCCCUUCUAUUCCAUACACUCCAACAGAUGCAGGUCAAGGCAACCAAUGUAGCAUAUGCCUCUGCAUCAGUAAAUCUCAACAUACACAAGGGAAGAAGCAAGAUUAACGUUUGAUCCACAUCUGAUUGACGCAAUGAAAAUUGAAACAUAAAGUAAGACUAACUUCACAACAUAACGCCUUUGAAGUAGAUGCAAGGUAUUUAGUUUGUUUUGAAAUCUAGACCUGUCGUUCAUGUAUCCUCACGUUAGCAAAUAUUAAUCUGAAAAUAUUCACGUAACCAAUUAAUUCGUUUCGUUAGUUUUCUAUAAACUAAAAUAUUUAAUUUCAGUUUUUCAUGUGUAUGAUAUAUCCUUUUUUUAUUUUCAGGCCUAUCUUACAGAGAUACUAAAGGAAAUUGCUAUCUUCAACACUCACAUUCCACACAAAAAUAUGUGGGAGCUGAAACCUGAAUACAGACAUUACACACAGCCUGAGGCUAAGACUGAAUCUAACGUGGAAUAAACCAUAUAAACGUACACCAAUUUGUAAAUUAAUAAAAGCGUUCUUUCGUGUAAUUGUUUUCACCUCAACUCAUUAUUUAAUUUGCAUAACUCCCAAGUUUCAAGCAUAAUUGCUUCCACUGUUUAAAUAAUGCUUUAACUAACUGUUUAUAUUCAUCUACCUUCAAAAUUUGAUUUGAAAAGUUCUCGAUUGCUUUAUAUUUAAAUCUGCCACCACAAAAUGUUGAGAAUGUGUAUAAACUAACUUUCAAAUAGCAGGUCGGGUUUAUUUCUUACUUCAAUAACGCCCUCAUUAACCACUAGGCGAUACAACCCAAAGAAGUAUUGCAACCAAAUUUUCUAUGAACUCAAAGCAAGAGUGCUCUCCGUUUGUUGGACAAAACUGUGUUCCGUGAACAUAUCUUAGAAAAAUGUUUUAUCGUUUUCAAUGCAUUAUACAAAGCAUCCAAUAAAAAGCAUGAAACCACCAAAGCGUUGCUGACAACCAGGGGUUAAAUGAGUGUUCUUGUCCAUCAUCACCAGCCUUCCCUUAGCAUUACACUCGAUGACGCUCUAGAAGCAGUUUUUGGAAGUAUUGUGGCACUGUGGGUCCACAGAACCUAGAAAUGCCAUAAUCUGUGUUAGUGUAUACCAUAAUACAACGUAUAAGAUUGUCACAUACACAAUCAGACGCUGAUCAGGAUUAUUGUGGCAUCUGCUUCGAACCAAAUUGUGAAGUACAUCUACCAUAAAGAUAAAACUCUGCUAUAAUUUAGCAUCAGUGAACCAUUGGGAAUAUGGUAAAAGAAGUUAUAGGAUUGCUUUGAUGAUGAAGUUCAUCUUUUUAGCAAACUACAGAACAUACACCGCCUUCGGCUACCUUUAGUACCGAUACGAAGUUAGUUUCUCUGAAAGGUUAAGUAAAUACAUCUUAUGUAUAGCUUUUUAGCAGCUGCUAUACCGAACAAUGGUGGUAGUCCGAGUGAGAUUAUAACUAAUUAACAAACCAAUCGAAUUUAAGAUAGCGAGUUGUGGACAUUGGCGCGGAAUCCAUCCAUAUUUAUUUGGCCAAAUAGCAUUUUGGCACCAUUACUGGUGUCAGUCCAUUAUGUAAACCGUAACCCUAUUACUGAACCUUACUCCCAACUCUAAAUCGCGAUUCAGAUUUUGCACUCAUUUAUAACCCUCUCUUACCUUGGUAAUCUUGCAAAGGUUACUUGGGCAUCGCUCGAAGGUUGUUCAUGAAUAACAAUCUCGCCAUACUGAAUACCGGCACAGUCAAUCCCUUGAGUUCACCCGUAGGUCUCAAACGUUUCAAUGACUCCAAAUGGCAGAUUGUUCGAAGCCGGAGUUAACAGCGGUCUUACCGCAGUCGCUCUGUGUAUUUUACGUAAGCUGUACGACUUGAUAGCUGAUGAUAUUAGUGGAGUUAGUGUUGGCUGUUUUCACAUCUUGUCUAUAUCCUUUAAAGGCUUUUCGCCGUACAACUGUGUUAUAUUUUCAUGAAAAUAUCUUGUUUUCUAUACACAUUUACUGGUCCCUGAUUGUAUUAAGUAUUUCUUUACAUUUAAAAGCGUUUUUCUGUG